GAGUCAUUCUGCUCAGUAAUAACUCAAUCAAAACACACUGAGCAUGGCUGGAGCUGCGUGCCACAAUAAAAAUCUCAACCGAUGGUAUCCCAGGGGCUCAAUGCAUCUGAGGUCAGGGGAUCUGGGUGGCCACCCAAACACCCCUAUGUCCACAGAGUGCUGCUGAAACUAUUCCCACACAAUUUAAUAACAAUGGAGUUGUGUAUUGCUUUUCUACAUCACUUGCUGGGUACUGCAGGGGACAACACACAUUCAUAUGAUAGACAAUUUUCAUGUCAUAUGUCUGUGGGAGACAAAGACACAUGUAUCAGGAGUCAUAUUUCAUACAGUUAAAGAACCCUCAUAUGAAAAUAGGCCUACCACUUGUCUUUAACAGUGUCCUGCUGCCAAGGGGGGAACUUUACCUGAUGUUGUUUUCAAUGUACUCUUACCCUGUCAUUGAUGUACACUAACAUGCAUUGCACCUCUUUAGGCCGGGUUCCAUUCCUCAAAAGUUCACUGGCCAUGUUCCCGUGCCCAUGCUCUGUGUACUGAGACAUGCAGCAAGCAGAGGUAUCUUUGUGCCAUUGCCACCCACAGGAAUUUGUACAAGACAGAGCAAGACAGUAAACUUGCAUUUUUUGAAAACUGAUUUGGUACUUGGGGGCCGGAUCAUCCAUGAUGGACUUACAUUUUCAGUACAGAAUUGGAGUAUCAACUAUCUCGUAUAUUAUACGAGACAUUUGCUCUGCCAUAUGGCGUAAAAUGAAGUCAAAAUGUUUUCCCGACCUCUCGAAAGAUCUAUGGCUUACCUCAGCUGAAGGAUUCCAUAAGAGGGCCAACUUUCCUCAUUGUGUGGGUGCAGUGGACGGGAAGCGCAUCAGAAUUGUAAAACCCACUUCCAGUGGUUCACUCUACUAUCAUUAUAAGAACUAUUUUUCCAUUCUGUUGUUAGCUGUUUGUGAUUCGACGUACAAAUUCUUAUUUAUAGACGUUGGAGCAUGUGGGAAAUCGUCCGACUCAACUGUGUUUCGUAAUACAGUGUUAAAUAAUAAACUACAAGAUGGUACGCUAGAUUUACCUGCACCAAAACAACUGUCAUUAUCGUUUGAAAGACCGAUGCCAUUCAUGUUAGUAGGAGAUGAAGGUUUCGGAUUGUCAAAAUUCAUUUUACGCCCUUAUGGUGGAAAGUAUUUAGACAAUAAAAAACAUGUGGUCAACUAUAGACUGUGCAGAGCUAGAAGGUAAAUCGAGUGUACUUUUGGAAUUCUUGCAAACAAGUGGCGCAUUUUCUAUCGACCACUGGAUGUUAAAUUAGAUUUGGCAGAGUCUAUUGUGAAGACAUGUUGCCUCCUCCAUAACUUUGUGCGUGAUCGUGAUGGAAUACAGUUUGAGGAUACGUUAACUACUCAGGGAUUGCAGGACAUGUCACCUUGCUUGGUCCGUGGAGGAAAUAUUGCGAACGGUAUCAAAGAAGAUUUCGCAAACUACUUCAUCAGCCCUGAAGGCGUAGUGCCAUGGCAGCUGCAAAAAAUCUAAGCGCUAGAAAUGUUAUGUGAACAUUAAUGUUGUUAAGCCUAAAUGUUCAUUGGAAUGGUAUUUGAAAUGUGCAGUGUUCAAUUAUUACCAUGUUGACUGUAACAAACCAUACUGUUGUGUUCACUGAACUGAUUAAAACUUGCAAUUAAAAUUAUAAUUACAAUGCACUUUUUUGUAUUACAGUUGUGUGUACCUAAUUGAACAGAACCCAAGCAGGAGCACUGUUCUCAUUCGGGUGGCAAAAACUUGUAAGUCAAUAGUAUUAUGGUAAAUAAAUAA